GACGACGCAUCCGUACCCCAGCGACCGCAGAUUCCGCUACCGCCCAAGAAAUUCCCCAAAGCCGGACUCUCCGUCUCUACGUUCUCGCCGGAAGUGACGCGCUUCGAUGACGUCAGGGCGGAAGCGACAUCAUCGCCAUGCGACACAGACCACCGAGAUCAAAUCGUACCGUCGCCUGCCAUCGUGGUCCUCGAGCCGCUCAGUCCAGGAACAGCAACGAGCCCCCGAAAAAAAUCAGCAACCCUGGGCAACUUCUUGGAGACCCGGGGCACGACCUGGAAGUUCCAGCCUGGGGCACAACCGGCCAUGUCCAGUUUUGCCGGUCGACGGUCGUCGGAUGACAUGCAGCAUCUACCAGUGCCUCUCGGUGACCUCUCCUCUUCGGACACUGAUGGCAGCGAAGAGUUCUUGCUGCCACCUCCUCCUCCACUCAACGUUUCGGCGGACUCUUCGGAUUCGGAUGGCAACAUUUACGAGGACGUCAGGCCACCGGUGCAGCCGAGCGUGGUCGGUGGGUACAGUGUGGCCACGAAGCACCUGGUGCGACCUCCGAAAGGAAAGAAGUUUGGCAUGACGCUUGCGGAGAUCUGCUUUCGCAAAGGACCUCCGAGUGUUCCAAGUGAGUAGCUUGUUUGGCGUUGACGGCGCUUAUUUAUGACCAGUUUAUAGGUAAUAUAUCAGAGUCAUACGUCCCUACGCUAAAGUUGAAGGGUUCAAAUAUCUGUCCUAUAGGCCCCUUUAAAAAUUACG